UUUAGCUUCGGUGAGCGUUACACGCAGUGAGAGAGACACGCACGGUGACGUUUGCAACGUUCAAACGUUUAUAAAGCUUUCUGUUCGAUUCGCAUUGAACGAAGAAUUCAGCAAAAGCACGUAGGUGGUACUUUCUCACGUACGGAUCGUAACCUGAAUUCGCAAAUAAAAAUGAACCAUUCGAACACAUAACCUGGAAAGAGAUACGCGUACACAUACGAUUUUUCUUUCACACGUGGUGAAACUUUGUUGGUUCGAUUCGUUUUUUACUGUCAAGUCGAAGAAUAGUAUCUAGACAGAUUGACUGUAAUAGAUUGGCCGAGUGUUCGUGGGUGUGCCUUUGAAACGGACGAGAAAAAAAGGAGCGUUCCUGCUGCUCGUAGGAAAAAACAACUAGCCGGAAGACGCGCUUGCUGGACACGAUGGCUUCAGGAAUUGCAUCCGAUGUGCUUCGUUAGUGUUAUGAUGUCUACUGUUACAAGGGUCGCGACGUACAGGGACUAAACAAUGAUGUCUGCUUAAGUGCUCCUAUGUUUAAAUUUAGAUUUCCCUCAGUGUUAAUUUCCCUAUCAACUGUUCGUGUUUUACGAAAAUGUCGAAGUACAAUAUCCAAGAGUACGAUAUCGAAACUGCUAGGCAGGUUCGGUUAACCGGAUAUAAUAAUGCUAGUUUCGAGGAUCCUCUUCAGAGCAAUAACAACGACCUUGAAGAGACACCGGACUUCGAGAACAGACUAAACAGUGUCCAUAUUUGCAACAAGUACAACAAACCUGUGAACAAUGAUGGUUCGCUAAACCCUGAAAAAAACUUACUGUGCUCUUUAGGAAGGAAAUGGUUGUAUCAACGAAUUAAAGGAUCCUGUAAGAAAAAAUUAUUAUAUAAGAGGAUACCUAUUACAGCGUGGAUACAAAAAUAUGAUAAGGAUUUUAUAGCUAGUGAUCUUGUUGCUGGAAUUACCGUAGGACUUACCAUUAUACCACAAGCAAUAGCUUAUGCAAAUGUUGCAGGACUUCCUUUGCAGUAUGGUUUGUACUCCUCCUUUAUGGCCUCUUUCGUGUACACCAUCCUAGGAUCCUGCAAAGACGUGCCAGUCGGCCCAACAGCGAUUAUCGCAAUAUUAACUAGGGAAACGUUACAAAAAUCUGACUUAGGCGCCGAUUUUGCAGUGCUUUUAACCUUCAUCUCUGGCUGUGUUUGCUUACUGAUGGGAAUCCUGCAGUUAGGUUUUUUGCUGGAUUUCAUAUCGGGACCGGUUUCAGUUGGCUUUACAUCAGCGGCAGCAAUCAUUAUUGCCACUAGUCAAGUGAAGGAUAUCCUAGGCAUACAAAUUAGCGGUAGUAAAUUCGUCGAAGUAUGGCACAACAUAUUCGAAAAAAUUGGAGAGACGAAGCUUUGGGAUACGGCGUUGGGUGUCACUUGUAUAAUCGUUCUUCUUCUUCUUAGAAAAGUCAAGGAUUUAGUGACGCCGCAAGAGACCGCAAAAAUGCCAUCAAAAGCACGAGCGAUCAUGCAGAAAUCCCUCUGGUUGCUUUCUACGUCUCGAAACAUACUGGUAGUCCUCGUUUGCGCCGUUAUGUGUUGGCUAUUAGAAAGUCACUUAGGUUUCUCGCCAGUUAGUUUGACAGGCCAUGUCAAACAAGGACUUCCGGAAUUUCGUCCGCCACCGUUUCAAACUUACCAUAACAAUGAAACUUACAAUUUCAUUGACAUGGUCUCUGCCUUGGGAUCGGGAUGUCUGGUCAUCCCUUUAUUGAGCCUUUUGGAAACCAUUUCCAUCGCCAAGGUUUUUAAUGAAGGUAAACCAAUUGACGCGACUCAAGAAAUGUUGGCUUUGGGGGCAUGCAACGUUGUGUCAGCAUUCGUUUCCUCAAUGCCCGUUAGCGGAGGACUUAGCCGUGGAGCUGUAAACCAUUCGUCAGGGGUAAAAACAACUCUGGGUGGAGUUUACACUGGCCUCUUGGUACUCGUGUCUCUUCAAUUCCUCACUCCAUAUCUGUAUUUUAUUCCUAAUGCCGCACUUGCGGCCAUCAUCAUCGCUGCAGUGAUUUUCAUGGUGGAAUUACACGUGAUCAAACCAAUAUGGAGAACAAAAAAAAUUGAUCUAAUACCAGCGGUAGCCACGUUCUUAUGCUGUCUUUUUAUAAGGCUAGAGUUAGGCAUAGUGAUUGGUAUUGGUAUAAAUGUAAUAUUCCUACUUUAUGCGUCAGCAAGACCAUCGCUGCGAGUCCAUAAAGAUACGAGUGUUAAUGGUUGUGAAUAUCUUGUCAUAACACCUGACAGAAGUCUCGUUUUUCCAAGUGUAGAGUACGUGCGGGCCGUAAUCAGUAAACAUGGCACAAAACAAGGAACUGGUGUACCUGUUGUUAUAGACUCUACACAUAUCCAAGCAGCAGAUUUUACGGCCGCAAAGGGCAUCAAGAGUUUAACAGAAGACUUUUCUAAACGUGGGCAGCCUUUAAUCUUUCAUAACUUAAAACCAAGUAUUAUUGAAAUUUUUAAAGGCGUGAAGCCUUCUGGUUUGAGGUGUAGUUCUUCUGAACUUGAACUUAACGACUGCCUUAAAGAAUUUUCAAAUAUGUCGCCAGCUAUCAUGAAUAGGUACUGACAAUACUUAGAUUUUUCUUUUUAAUUGCUGUCCUGAAACUCCUUUACUUU